AUGCUUCGCGUGGGCCGUCUUCUGCGCUCCUCCCCUCCCGUUCACGCGACUCUUUCUCGAUGGACGCGUCAUCUGGCCUCCGCGGUGGCGGCGUUGCCUUCAACUCGCGAUCAAUCCGCGAUUGCAUCCUCCUCGUCUUCCUCAUCAAAAGUGCUUUGGGAGGACGUCCUCCAGGCCACCCGACAGGCCUUCGCGAUGAAGGAAACGGAUACCAUUUACAGCAUCGUUCACUGUUUAGUUUCCAAGGGGUAUUAUCCACCCCAAUCCGAGAUUUGGCCGCAACUCGCGAGGUGGCUGCUCACCUUCGCGGAUGUGGAGUGCACGUCGGUGCUGUGCUUCCCAGGGGAAUCGGAGGCCGCGUGGCGGGCUGCCACCUCGACAGGAGCGCGGUCGUUUCCACCCAAUCCCUCGACUUCUCUCGAAGACGAUUUCACCCGUGUGGAGGGGGGGGGCAUGGGAAGAGAACCGGGAAAAGGAGCUCCUUCGAUGGAUUCGGGUGCCGCCACAUCGCCGUAUUUUAUUUUCCCCUCCCGUGAGAUGCUGCUUUUAACAGGGGGGGUCGUCCCCCUCAGCGCGCGGGUGUCCUGCGCGGAUGGAAAGCUUCUGCAUUGUUUUCUCGAGUUGUUUCACCGUUAUGUUCGCGAGGAGAUCUUGCCACCGACGGCGCUCCAAAGGGAUCCCCCUCACAUGGAAGCCGCGAAGCUCUACGCCCUCUUUGAGAACAUGAAUCACGCCCUUUUGGGGGUCCUUCGGGCGAAUAUCAACACGAUUCAGAUUCGCUUCGUCGUGAAGGCCUUCGUGGAGUAUGUGGCGUUGCUUUGGGAGGUCGACCGCCUUCUAGAAGGGCAAAGGGAUCUUCAAAGCGCACAGGAUGAAAGCACAGAAACAACCCUCCCUGCUUCUCUACUUCUGACGUUUGUGCGAUCAUUAACUCAAAAGGAAGUGAACCCCGCCACCUCCGCGCUCGGAAGCCGACUCGCGCUUUGCGGGGUGGCUUUUGCCCUCAAUCGGAUGAUCCUCGCAGGGGGAAAAACGGCCGAUGACGCCUCUGGUGAAGUGGGGUUUGAUUUUAACACCCUCCUUUCCUUCCCGGGGUAUCUUCUGAGUGAGGUAGCGCUGCCGUUGCGAAGUUUGCAGUUUGAAAUGGUGGGAGUAGUCGUUCGCGGGCUUCCUCGGUAUUACGAGCGAUCUGUCUGGAAUCUUGAAGAAAAGGGCUCGACACGGUUGAAGUGGCCGCCGUUGGCGUCUCUGCUGGAGAAAGUUUUUGACUUUGUUGACGUCUCGUUGCAACAUAACGCGAAUCAGAACAAUCCGAUGAAUCUGUCGGAGGAAGGAGAGCAACAGCUGCGGCAGGAAGUGCUGUUGUGUUGGCUUCGCUGCCUGCGCGUGGAGGCGACGUCGCCGACGGUUUUUUUGCGCGAUUCGAUGAGCAUCGUUGAACGCUGUACGCCCUCCAUGGCACUUGAGGCUGAGCUCAUUGCCGGGAAGGUCGCGCUCUUUGACUAUUUUGAGCUUCUGGAAGAGGGAAAGAAGACGAUCUACGACGACAUAUUAACCUCACUACGCCACCUCCUCGAACUCCGGCCGCGCCCCAACGCAUCCUCGGGAGCCGGCGCAUCCGGAGAAGUUUUUUUCUACGACGAAGGACGCGGAAGCGAAGGGGAAGUUGAAGAACAGACCUCUGCAGAAGGUCUUUUGGUGAGGCCUAGCACCGUUUCGCUUAAAGGCGAUACGCAAGAGCUCAUUCAAAACUCCCAUCAGCUCGUCAUUAAGGCCCUCUGUGAUUCUCAUGAGAUGCAGUGCGUGAACGACGCCUACAACAUUGUUAUUGCGCAUAAAUACCAAGGUUUGAUCGUUACGAAGGAGAUUAUUCGACCCUUGAUUGAGGCACUUAGUCGUCAUGGGGACUGCCGCGUUUUCAAUUUGGUUGAUUUGUGUGUUUUGUACUCGAAUAAUCAGAUCGAUAUGCCGAUUAUCGCCGGGCUUUUCCGCACCUGCGCGGUGGCGGGCGAUCACCACCGCGCGCGAACCCUGCUGCAACUGCUGCAGGAUAUCGUUCCCGGCUUUCUGGUGAAGGCAACGCCCGAUAUUAUUGAGGUGUUGAAGGAGCUGAAGGUGCUUCCACCGGAGCCCUACCAUUUGUUCGUUUCGGAGGAAGAAAAACUGGAGAAGAGUGCGCUCGGCUACUUUGCGGAUGUCUCGCCACGUGAGAUUCCCAAUCUCACACCGAUUAAUAAAUAA